AUGUCUCAUUUCGACGGAAGUGCGGACCGCCAAAGCUUUCCGGCGCCUCUUGACAUUGACCAAGCUUUGCAAUUGUCCAACUUUGCCUCAAGCGAGGGUCCCCAACUUUUUUCGGCCCCUCUUGGCAUAGACCAGGUGCUGGAGAUGGUCGACCUCGACCCAGACGUGGAGCCCCAGAGCCUCCCCGAGGGCUUUGACCCAGGCCAGGCAAUGGAGCUGUUAUGGGAAAAUUCGCUCAUUCAUCGCAGUCAAACCGGUGGUGAAAUAAUGGUCCCAUUCAAUGUCGUUCAGUUGAUCGGGGAAGACAAAAUGAGCAUCCUACACAACAGACUCAGAGUGUUGACCGGUGGUGAAGUCGAUCGAUUCGAUGACUAUCAGUUCGGAUGCGUACGUCUUAUGCCAAAGUCGCAAACACCUGUAGUCCAGGUUCAAGAGUGGGCUCGGAUUCAUAUUUCUAAACAACUGCAUGAAGCCGCAAGCCAAGGCAUGAACCUCUACCCGGACUUGCAAAAAAUCCCUCGUCCUCCGAAUUCAUUUAUGUUGUACAGGAAGCACCACCACAAGCCGAUCACUGCUGAAAACCCGGGAGUCCCUAACACAGCGAUUUCUCGGAUUAUCGCGGACAUGUGGAAGUGCGAGAUCCCGGCCGUAAAGGACGAGUUCAAAAUGUUGGCUCAAAUGGCGAAGCAGGAGCAUGCCGCAAAGUAUCCUGGCUAUCAAUAUGCGCCACGAAAGCCCAAUCAAAGACCUCGCCGCCGCCCACGAAUCCAUCCGGGAGCGGUUUCAUGGCUGUGGAAGACUGAAAAAGGAGCUGCAAUUAUGAAAAAAGCUACCGAUCGCCAUAAGUCGGAUGGAUGGGUUCCAGUGAACCGCGAGUUUGUCGAGGAACUGGACGCCCAGCAUAUGCUUUUAGGCCCUCAAGGGCUCGGUCCACCCCCUUUCGGCGCAACUCAGGCGCAAUUUCAGGAACUAGAGGAGGAUGAUCAACAGCUGUCUGCGGCAGACGAAGAGGACUUUGAGCCUCUUUUCGAAAGUCUUGACGAAGACUUCUUGGAGGAGAUCCUUAACUUCGACGAUGUCUAA